AUGCAUAUCAAUAGGCUCGGGUCGCUUGCUCCUAUCCUCCAAGUGCUGCUUCUGUCAUCUGUUGCUUUGGGUGCAGCGGAGGAGAAGCCGAAGGCCCCAGAGAAGCCAUGCACAAUCCAUUCACCCAACACUGGCCUAUACUUCGACCUCAAUGCAAUCUCCGUCCAGGUGGACAAGAAGGACGGGAAGAAGUCUCAUGCUGACGGCAGAGAGGAGAGCUGGCACGUGAAGGGACAUGACUAUGGGGCGAAUUUCACGAUAAACAUCUGCGCGCCUGUGAUAGAGAACUUGACGAAUGUUGUCGGAGUCGAUGAGACGAGAUGGCAGAAUGUCAGCGCAUACUACGAGAUGGGAGGAGAGACGUAUUCAAUUGGACAACAAGCAUCCUCACUACUAUUCCGUGGGCGCAAGCUUGUAUUGAACUAUACCGACGGUUCCCCAUGCCCUUCCCCAUCACGGGGAAACAAGCUAUUCAGGCGCAAAAUCUUGGAUGGUGACGACGAUAACGAACAUGACGACAAGGACAAGGAAAAGGAUGGAAAUAAAGAUGAUGACAAAAAGGACGGAGACGAUAAAAAUAAGAAACCGGAGGACAAAGUUGAGAGAAGAAAGUCGACAAUAAUGUCUUUCCUCUGCGACCGAGACCUAGUUACACCCGCUGCUACCUUCUCAUUUGUCGGUAGCCCCGACUCGUGCUCCUAUUUCUUCGAGGUCAGAACCGCCGCCGCGUGCGGAGGCGUUGCUGCAAGCACAGAUGGGGGUGUCGGCCCCGCUGGAGUUUUCGGGAUUAUUGCCGGCAUCGCGAUAGCUGCGUACCUGAUUGGUGGCUGCGCAUAUCAACGAACCGUCAUGCAUCAAAGAGGAUGGAGACAAUGUCCAAACUACACGAUGUGGAGUGGUGCAGCUAGCUUCGUCGGGUGGUCGACGCUCAUCGCUCUCGCUUCCCACUUCCCGUCUUGA